AUGCAAAACAAUCAUUCAAGGAACAUAAGAGGUGGUAUUGUCUCGGAGGCUCAUCAUCAACCUCCUCAUCAGAGAGUGGUUUUUAUAUCCGCGUCAUCAUCGAAUCAAAACGGAUCAUCAGGGAUUGAACAUUCUCACAAAACACAACAUGGCAUGAUUCAACCACAUCAAAACCAUCCAUCACCCUUUUUAAAUGUAGCUCAACCAAUGAUCCAUUCAGGAUUAAGGCCAAAUCAUCAUCCUCAAAGGCCCAUGUCAGCAGGUCACUUCCGAUCCCAGCAACAAAGACAACCACCUUCUUCAUCAUCUCCAAAUGUUCAAAAUCGAAUGCCCUUACGCCCCGUGUCAGCUACUUCUCCCAACAUCAACAAGAUACCUUUCCAAUUGGGAGGAGCUGAAAGUGGAGCACAGCCCACAAAGAGAACAGGUAAAAAGCAAUUUCCUUCUGGGGCAGCCUCAUUGGCAUCAACUGAAACAAAAACCACAACCUCAAACGAUCCAACCGAAACCUUGACCAUGAGCUCAUCAGCCGUUCGAACCUCAAAGAGUGACCUUGAUAAACCAUUUCAUACGUUGUAUUCAGCAUAUUGUCGAAGAGUGCGACUGGAACCUCUCGAUUUCAUUGUUAUGAAUAGUUUGUCGAGGGCAAUGUUUGAGGUAGAUCUUGAUCUAAUCCCUCAAGAGCACUGGAGGAAGUGUUUGGUUGCUUUGAAAAACUCUCGUCAUCAUUUUCAUAUAAUCAGACUAGCUUGGGGUCAAUCGAACUAUGUUCGUGACUUUUCAACACUCUCCAAAGCCUCAAAAGGAGCUGCUUCAUCUUCGCCGUCGUUGCUCUCCAUUAAGGAAUCCAUGAUGAUUCAUCAAAUGAGAAAUGCAAAUCAACUCGAACGAAAAACCAGUUCUAGAUCGAUCAAUUUGGUGGAUCCUUUAGAACCAGCAGAUACCUUAAAAUUGGCUCGAAUUUUAACUCCAUGUUGCAGUGGUCUCCUCUCAAAACUUGAACUCAUUGGGAUACCUCUGACCAAACAAUGCACUUCAUUUAUGCAAAAGGGCUUAUUAGAAGCCAGUAAUUCAUUACGGACGUUGUCGCUGAAAAACACAGCUCUUGGAGAUGAAGCAUUCAAAGAUAUUGGAUCAAUAUUGACCAGUUUUGUAAAACUAAGCAAAGUUCAACUCAGUGGAUGUUGUUUGUCAGAUGACAGCGCACAAUACAUUAUCAACAUGAUGAGAGAGAGAGAAAAUCAAAAAAGCCAUGAAGCAUGGUUGUAUAGUUUGAGAGGAGAAGAGGAAUGUCUAGACACCGUUGAAGACUUGGUUGCUUUGGACAUGUCCAAUAAUUUCUUUUCAGACUCGACAGCAAAAGCACUUGCCCAAAUUCUAUGCGAGGAAAAUACUUUGAAAAAAUUCAGUGAAAAGUUCGAAUCGCACAAACUCUUUUCAAACUUCUUUGAUACACACGAAUUCAUAUUUAACCGAACGUCCAAACGAAAUUCCAAGCCCAAGCCAACAAACUCACAUUCCAACAAUUCUAAAAACAAGAAAUCAUCAUCGAAAAAGCUCAAACUACCCAAAAACAAGCAAGCUCCAACCGAUUCACCUCAUGUCGAUUUCUCACCUCGUUCACAGGAAACGGACGACAGUGGCUAUGAAAGUUGUACAGGACGAAUGGAAGGAAAUGAAAAUCGACAAACUCCAACAGAAGAGGAAUUAAAAAAGCAAGAAGAAAGAAGCGAGAAAACCUUACGACUCAAACGAGAAUCUGAGCUCAUUAACAUGCAAAUAGAUUUUAACAAGAUGAAUGAACAAAUGGUAAAGCUUCAGAAAGAAAAAGUUGAAAACGAAACAAAGAUUUCCUCUCAAGAAUCCACUUUGACAGAGUUACAACAAGCUGUGGUUCAGUUAACUCAAUUGGUGAAAGAUUUGCAAUCUGAAAAACAAUCCAUCAGUCAACAAUUAGCAGACGCGACACAAAAAUUAGAUCAACUCUGCAAAAAACGAGCACCCUUUUGUGCUGACAUACACGUUUCCAACCACUCUUCUUCAGUCUUAAACGAAGACAUUGCCUCUCGAUUGACUGAAAUAUUUUCCAAAAGUGUCAACAAGUAA